AUGACCGACGCACUGGAUCUCGACAUUCCCGUGCUGGAUGACGAUCUGUACAAGGAUCGCGCACGAACGUUUGUCGAGUUUCUCGAUGAUCAAAGUGGCGCCGUCGAUUACCGCACGGCCGUCCGCCAAAUGCUGGCGUCCGAGGCCUGUCGAUUAAUCGUGAGUAUCGACGACGUGCGCGUGUACAAUCGCGAUUACGCCGAUGGCCUGCUAAACGAACCUAACGGCUACUUACCGCCUUUCGAGCAUGCUCUACAGGUGCUCGUCGAACAACUGCACGACCCCCUCAAAGACGAUAUCCAGGGCAAGCAAUUCCACAUUGGGCUGCGCGGGAGUUUCGGUGACAACCAUGUGAAUACACGCAUGCUGCGCAGUAUGCACCUCGGAAAGAUGAUGUCGCUCGAAGGUAUUGUCACACGGUGCUCGCUGGUGCGGCCCAAAAUUGUCCGGUCCGUCCAUUACUGUGAUACGACCUCGCGUUUCCAUAUGCGUGAGUAUCGCGACGCGACCAUGUACGGCACAGGCCCGCCGACUACGAGCACGUAUCCAACGACAGACGAGAGUGGGAACAGGCUCACGACCGAAUAUGGCUUGUGUACGUUCCGCGACCACCAGAUGAUCAGCAUUCAGGAAAUGCCGGAACGGGCGCCGCCAGGACAGUUGCCACGCAGCAUCGAUGUGGUCAUGGAUGACGACCUCGUCGACCAGGUCAAGCCGGGCGACCGCAUCCAGCUCGUGGGUAUGUACAAGUCGCUCGGUAAUCGCGUGGGUCAAAGCACCACGUCUACAUUCCGAACACUGAUGAUCGGCAACUACGUCUAUGUGCUGUCGAACAAGGCCGGCGGUGGCAUCUCACAGCUGCCACUCACAGAUCUGGACAUCCGCAACAUCAACAAAAUAUCACGGCGGGAAGACGUGUUUGACUUGCUCGCCCAGUCGCUCGCUCCGUCCAUCUUUGGGCACGACUACUUGAAGCGCGCCGUCUUGCUCAUGCUCCUCGGUGGCCAGGAGAAGAACCUCGCAAAUGGCACACACAUUCGUGGCGAUAUCAACAUCCUCAUGGUGGGUGAUCCAUCCACUGCCAAGAGUCAGAUGCUGCGCUUCGUGCUGAACACGGCGUCUCUGGCGAUUGCCACGACGGGCCGUGGCAGCAGUGGUGUUGGUUUGACUGCAGCCGUCACGACCGAUCGCGAAACAGGUGAGCGGCGUCUCGAGGCGGGUGCUAUGGUUCUGGCGGAUCGCGGCGUCGUGUGCAUUGACGAGUUUGACAAAAUGUCUGAUGUAGACCGUGUCACGAUCCACGAAGUCAUGGAGCAACAGACGGUGACGAUCGCCAAGGCAGGUAUCCACACUACGCUCAAUGCUCGCUGCUCCGUCAUUGCCGCUGCGAAUCCCAUUUAUGGUCAGUACGACGUGCACAAGGAACCUGGCCGGAAUAUUGCGCUGCCAGACUCGCUGCUGUCGCGUUUCGACUUGCUCUUUGUCAUUACAGACGACAUUGACGAGAAACGCGACCGCAUGAUUUCCGAGCAUGUCUUGCGUAUGCAUCGCUACGUUCAGCCUGGCCAGCCAGCGGGUGUGCCUGCCAAAGACAGCCUCGAUCAAGUCCUCGACGUCGGAGGCGGCCCUGACGAUGAAGCAGCGGAUCAGACGCAGGAAGAUGAGUCGCCCUUUGAAAAAUACAACCCCCUCUUGCACAUGGGUAUUCAAGGAGACCAGCGGCAGCAGGUUCUGUCGAUCACUUUCGUGAAAAAGUACUUGCAAUACGCCAAGUCACGUAUCGCGCCUGUCCUGUCGCCUGGGGCCGCCGCGUGGAUUUCGAAUGUGUAUGCCAACUUGCGUAAUGACGAGCAGGGCGGAAAUAUGCGCCGCACUGCGCCCUUGACAGCCCGUACGCUGGAGACACUGAUUCGCUUAGCGACGGCCUAUGCCAAGGCGCGCCUGAGUCAGGUGGUGGAAGAGCAAGAUGCUGAGGCAGCGGAGGCGAUUCUGCGUUAUGCUCUCUUCAAAGAGGUCAUGCAUACCAAGACGACCAAGCGCCGGAAAACACGACCCGUGGAUGACGAAGAGGACGAGGACGAGGCAGACGAUGGCUUUGAUUCAGAUGACAUGGACCAAGACGAGGCAGAUCGGCAGCUGGGUGGGCAGCCAACGCGACAAACGCCUUACGUCACGCGAGCGUCGACACGGGCAGAAGCGAAGGCCCCGGCGCCGCCAUCAGCGUCGCGUGCUACCUCGUCUGCUCUGCGCGAGUUUCGUGUGCGUGCAGCCGAGGCAUUGUCUACGACGUUUGCUGAGGAAGAGUAUAUACCGUUAACGACGCUAUUGGAGGCCGUGAACGCGGCAGGUCCCACGCCCAUCCCCGAGGAGGAUGCACGCAAUGCACUAGAAGCAAUGAGUGAGGAUAAUCAGAUCAUGAUCGCUGAAGACAUGGUGUACAAAAUUUAG